AUGGUGUGGUGGUGGAAUCCUCAGUUGAGGAAAAAUAAGAACAUGUUGAAGGCGCCACCAUGGAAAAUGGCAUCAUCAGAACAGAUUCAACAUAGAUGCCAAAACCAGAAGAACAGAAUGGAGUCCAUGCAGGAGACAGUAUUGAGGAAAUGUAGUCAAGGAACGGGAACCCGACGGCUCGAGCUGCGCCGCGCACCGCUCUCCCUCCUCCCCACAGUCCGGCGCGAGCGGCGGCAGCAGUUGGAGAUCAACCGUCCAACGGCGGGGGACUUGCGACUCACCCAAACACCUCCCCUCCUCCUGCCUCACACCGCGACAAGAGGGAAGGCGAGUGUGCAACCGCAUCCAUACCCCUCCCCGCUCCGACAAAAACGGGCCGUGUCGACAGAGUCACUCGACCGAAACCAUUCCCAGCUCCAACCGCCCUCACUCACUCACCCACAAGGAGAACCGCUCAGAUCCGCAACAGCGACUACUGAACGGAGCCGCCAUGUUGCAAUGCGUAACUGCGCGACGUCAGGGACACCGCGUGCACGGUUCAGGUAUCUUGCUGGAAGCAAAACCCGUAUCAUGAUGACAGAUCAUGGAAGGAAGAAGUGGUUGUUUUUAAAAGUCUAAGAUCUUGGCGGUAGACACUUGGAAAGCUGGUAAGAUCAACUAGACAACAGUCCUGGACUUUUCAAAAAC